UGGGACAAAUAUCAUGUGCGCGCGGUUAUUGGUUUGUUUCAGUUCUUCAUCGGGCUGCUCCUCAUCUUCAUCCUCCUGUUGAUCGCUGGAAUCCUGGGAGCUGUCGGAGAGAAGAAGUCUCAGGUGUGGGUGAAGGAGAGUCUGGCGAAGCUGCUACCACUGAGUGACCAGAAGUCUGAAGUUCAAACGGACUUACAGAAACUGGAAGUGGAGGCAAAGUGCUGUGGACUGAUCAACGGACCCUCUGACUGGGGCUCCACUGUCCCCAGCUCUUGUGACUGUGUUGACACCGCUCAGGCGUGCCAAAGUGCAAAUGGACGCCAAGUGUACUCAACGCCUUGUGUCAAGUUUGUGACUUCCUUCAUGGAGAAGAACGCAAUCAUCGCGCUGGGGAUUGCAUUUGGUAUCGCAGUCUUGAUGCUCUUUGGAAUGGCCUUCGCCAUGACCCUGUACUGCCAGAUUGGGAAGAGGGACGCCAACACUGCCUAAUGCAGCAACACGUGAUACACUUGAUCUGGGGUUGUGGUCAAGGUGAAUUAGAAGUCAUCAAUUCAGGAAGUCAACUGAAAUUCCAAUACAAUAAAUGAAAUAUAUAUCUAUUUUCAAUGAUUUCUCAAACUGAAAAGCAGAAGUUAUUUAUUCCAAGUUUUUACAUUAGCAAUGUUAAAUACAAUUCACUUCCUCAAUUGACUGACUUCAAUUCAAAUUGACCCCAAUCAUGACUUGAUCAAAAGCUGGCUUUGACAUAUCCCAUACAGCAUGCUUGCAACAUGUACUUCAUACUGAACGGUGGGGUUCAAAUCUAGUCCAUUCAGAAAGUACACUGAAAUUCCAGUUCUCUUCAAUCAGGAACAUUUGGAAUUAGGUUUGCUUUGUGAAUUGACUGGACUGGAAAUGGACUGGACGCCCAACCUGCUGAACUAUGGACCACAAUGCAUCAUGUGUUUCUCCAUCAUUUACCUGCAUCAAAUGAUGCUCUGAUUUAGAUUUCAGAUCUUUGUUAAAUUAUGGCAGUUUCUUCACUUGUGAAGUUGAUUGAUCCAUAUAUCAUUGAACAUGAAUUAGUGUGUUUAUUUUUCUUUAAAAGGAGCUCUGUUUCAUUGUGUACUGCUCUACGUCUCUCUCUGAAUGGGGGGCUUCGCUGUCCAUACACUGAACUGUGUAUUAUUCAUGCUGAAAUGUUGAACCUUUCCCCCGUAUUAUUGCUAUCAUCUCGUAGAUAUUAAAGUCUGACGGUAAAUAUUGAUCACGCUGUAUAUACAUUUACCUGUUAUAUAUUUGAGUUGUAUAAUUAUUGCAGUACAUGUCAGAAUGUCUUCUGUUCAAGGCCUGUGACCAACGUCUUUAUGGCUGUUCCCCUUCUUGAGGCACAUCAGAAAUAAAGAAGUAGUAACUCA